AUGACAACUGCGAUCGACCCAGAACUGCGCACCAAAAUCGAUACCGCUUGCCGGAUGGAGGAGAAAUUCACCAAACUUUACAACGAAAAAGUAGCCAAGAAGCGGCAUCAGAUGACCUGGCUCUACAUGGACAACGGUUUGCUGGUGUGGAACGGAAAUGGUGCCAACGGGAAGGACAACAUCCAGAAGUGCUUCCAGGAACGGCUCCGCUUCAAACACAUUAUGAACACCUUGGUAGCUCAGCCGAUCAUUGGCGACGCUGUGCCCUCGCAGCUGACGUUCAUCAUCAAGGUUUCGGAGGAUUCCGAGAUGUUUCACCUUAAGGGAAUCGAUCAAUACAUGGAUGCAUUGGAAGGCGAUAUUCCGUGA